AUGGGCAUAUGUAAUUCUAAAAAUACAAAAUAAUCUUAAACCUAUUCAAAAUAAUCAACUACAUUAAGUACAAUUCCAAUCAUACAAAAAAAAACAAAUAAUAAAAAAUACAAAAAAAUUACAUUUUGUGAUAUUGAGAUUUAAUUAAAACAAGUAAUAUGUGAUACAAAGAGUCUUUCCCCUCCACCAAAACUUUGCUAUUAUAGUAGCAAUAGAAGUUUCAAUAAAGAUAUUUUAUAUGGAUAAUUUAGAGCACCAAAUGAAAGGUUUAAUUAAGUUGCAUAAACACUAUAAAGCAAAUAAACGCUUUUUGGGAAAACACUUAGAUUUUCAAAUUCUUCAAAAAGAGGAUAAAGAAUGUGA